AUGGAGAAGGCGGAGGAAACAGCUUUAAAUUCAUCAAAAGCAGCAAAAGAGACGAAAGAUGCCGAAGCUCAAAUUCCACCCAAAAACAAAAGCAAACACAGACGUAGAAACAUCUGUCUUGGGGUGACGGCGGCUGUCAUCGUCGUUUUCGUUCUGGUUGUGGUGAUCUUGGCAUUAACGGUGUUCAAAGCCAAAGAACCCUCUACCACCAUCGACUCAAUCGCUCUAGAUAACCUGCGCGUGUCCUUGGACUUGGCCAGGUUGGGCGUCGAUCUGAAUUUGACCUUGGACGUGGAUCUCACCGUCAAGAACCCAAACAACGUGGGGUUCAAGUUCAAGAACGGUUCUGCUUUGUUGAAUUACAGAGGUGAAGUUGUGGGGGAUGUUCCGAUUCCCGCCGGCAAGAUUGGCGCCGACGAAACCAAACCCAUGAAUGUAACAGUCACGGUGAUGGCAGAUCGCUUGCUCUCUAAUUCUCAGCUUUAUACCGAUGUGAUGUCGGGUGUGAUGAAGUUGAGCACACUGAUCAAACUUUCUGGUAAAGUUUCAAUUUUUAAUAUAUUUAAAGUGACUGUACACACGACAACUACCUGCGAUUUCAGUGUCUUUGUUUCCAAUGCUACGGUUGGAGAUCAGAACUGCAAGUAUAAGACAAGCUUGUAG